AUGUCGAACCUCGAAUCUCCUCCGUCCAAAAAGAGCGGCCUCCGCAAACUUCACAUACGAAACCUCAACCGCCUACCUUCAUCCCAUAUCCCCUCUCGCCUACGGCUGGGAGACGAUGCCCAAGAAGAUGUGACCGCUCCAAACCGAGGCUCAAACAUGCCUGCCCAAUACAUGAAUCAAUCAAUCUUUUCCAUGAUUGCGGCCGCCGGGUCGCGAACCGACUUCAACACGAGAUUCGACGAGUCCAGCGACAGUGAAGAUGAGAUCUCUGAGGAACAAGAACAGACAGCUGGCGACAAGGGAUCACUUCCGGUUGCUCCAGAGACGGGGUCGAGCGAGACACAAUCCGUAGCAACAAAAGACGAGAAAAGCACCGGAGAGAAGAAGAGCAAGCGUCUCUCGAGCCAGCGGCUGGUUCAGUCGUUGCCACGCCUGUCGGGGAGAUCGCUGCGAAAGAAAGAGGACACACCCCGAAAAGAUCCAAGUCCUGAGAGCGACGAUACCUCGGAGUCUUCAAGGAGCAAUCCACGAGACGCACCUGUGCUAAGUCGGCUAAUAACCGCGGAGGCCCAGUUUCAAGAGAGUGCAGAAGGGCAAGACCAGAUGCUAGAAUCUCCGACGGCGAUGAGGUCGAGAAGCAGAGGCGAGUCGACACCGCAGACGCUCCUUGCGACGCGAUUGAUGGAGAUCUUUGGAUUUGAAGUGCCCGAACCCGUGGUGGCAGAAUAUCCGUGUUGGCUGUUGCAGAGUGUUCUCCUGCAAGGCUAUCUUUACAUCACGAAGCAACACAUCUGCUUCUAUGCCUAUCUGCCCAAGAAAUCGCACACAGUCGUCAAAACAGGCAAUCUUUCGAAGAAGGGUAGGACGACUUCCAAAUACAAAAGAUACUGGUUUUCUCUCAAGGGAGACGUCUUGUCCUACUACUCCGACGCCUCAAACCUCUAUUUCCCUUCCGGAAAUAUCGACCUCAGAUACGGCAUAUCUGCUAAUCUGUCUAUCGACAAGGAGAAAGGGAAGUCCAAGGAAUGCAAAGAUUUCUCUGUCACGACAGACCAUCGCACUUACCACUUUCGAGCAGACACUGCUUCGAGCGCCAAAGAAUGGGUGCAGACCCUGCAGAAGACAAUCUUCCGCUCUCACAACGACGGAGAUAGCGUAAAGAUCUCCUUACCAGUGGAGAACAUUAUUGACUUUGAGGAGAGCCCGGUGGUCGAAUUCGCUGAGACGGUCAAGAUUAGAGUGAUUGAAAGUGAGGAUUCGUAUGCCAUCGACGAAUAUUUUUUCUCCUUCUUCAGCUUUGGUCAAGAUGCACUUAACGUGCUCGGAAGUCUGAUUACUGAAGCUCCAGCCAGGAGGACGUCGGAAGACGUACUGUCGCCGACAAGAAAGGUCGAACCGCUGUCCAGCCCAAGGCCCCGAGCAACAUCCAAUCAGCACUCCUCCGACGUUAUCCCAGGGAGUCCGAGAGCUCAGUCGAGUCCACCUCUCAAAGACAGUGUUAGAGCCACUCUACUACCGUUCUCUGUCGGAAAUGAUGGUAGAAUGUCUCCGAGAAUGAGCGGAGAAUUCCCUCGUGGCAACAGUCCUUCUCGUUCUAGCCACGAGUUUGCGGGGGAAUACGGUCGAGCCAGUUUUGACCGAGGGCGUAGAAGUGGGAGUACGAGUCGUCUUGAGGCGACCAAUUCAAAACGAACAACCCGGUCACCUUUAGCGAGACAUGACGCCUCUGAGGAUUCAUAUGUUCAGUCUAUCGACAAGGAAACAGAUUCAUCCACAGCGCCUCUGUCGCCGCGAGCAGAAGCACAAAUGUCAGCCAGCCAAAUCUUAACAAGAAGUGAUGUUUUCCAUCAGCCAGCCAUUCAUCGAAUGGAAACUUUGGCAUCCAUGUCUACUGAACCCACAAGAUCGGAUGUAGGGACAAUCCUGUCAAGCUCUCCACAACGAGGAGAUACACAUCCCAUUCCUAUCCGAAGCGCACAUGAGCCGCCGACAGACCGCCGUGCGACAGUGGCAAAUGAAUUCCUCUCAGCAGAACUGGAACCGGGCAAAAAUUAUGUCAGGAACAGCUCCUCGCCGACCUUGCAGGAUCUGGUCAAAGCGGGAUCUUACCCUCUACAACGAGCUGGAGCAUUUGCCGACUACCUUAAAAGCCGGUCCAGUUCAAUGAGGAAGCUUCUAGCCACUGAGUCCAUGUCCUAUUUGGAAAAGGUGUCAGGCAUGUGGGCUGGGAGCAGGAAACAUUAUGGAGAAAAUGAGGGCGUGGUGCCCGAUGACAGAGGCAUCGAUCCGGAAGAUGAAGAAGCCAACGUCGGGCAUGGCGAUCGCUUUCGCGCACAUUUCGCGUUACCUGCUACCGAGAAACUACAGGCGACGUACUUUGGCUUCCUGCAUCGUGUGCUCCCCUUGUAUGGCAAGAUAUACAUCAGCAAUCGAAAGUUCUGCUUUCGAAGUCUCCUACCUGGGACGCGGACCAAGCUGGUGCUGCCGUUGAAGGACAUUGAGAACGUGGACAAAGAAAAGGGCUUCCGGUUCGGCUAUCACGGCCUCGUCUUGGUGAUCCGUGGUCACGAGGAAUUAUUCUUCGAGUUCAGCUCGGGCGAACAUCGGGAUGAUUGUACGGUGACGCUGCUGCACAGCCUAGAAACGGCUCGCUACAUGGCUGAAUCGGGCGUCCUCGCCAAAGCGGAUGAGGACGACGCGGAAAUCGCCAAAGAAGAACACCGCAGGCUCCAAGAAGCCCGUCGCACCUCUACGGCGGGCGAUCAUGCGCUGGUCCUGCCCGACACCACCGAGGCAAUCUACAGCCACAAGGACGAAGAACCUUCAGGUCCGGUGCUCUUCGAUGAACCUCGCGCUUCAAUCAUCAACCUUUCCAAACCGAGUGCUUCACUGCGCAUUACGUGUCUCACAAUCGGCUCGAGAGGCGACGUACAGCCUUAUAUCGCCUUGUGCAAGGGACUCCUAGCAGAAGGCCACCGUCCGCGGAUUGCUACGCACGUCGAGUUUGGCCCCUGGAUCCAGAAGCACGGGAUUGAUUUCAGACCUGUGGACGGUGAUCCGGCCGAAUUGAUGCGCAUCUGCGUCGAGAACGGCAUGUUCACGUACUCGUUUCUACGAGAGGCCUCGGCCAAAUUCCGCACAUGGAUCGAUGAACUUCUCACCUCCGCCUGGGCUGCAUGUCAAGAGUCGGACCUCCUGAUAGAAUCUCCCUCGGCCAUGGCUGGCAUUCACAUCGCCGAAGCCCUGGGCAUCCCUUACUUUCGCGCAUUCACCAUGCCGUGGACACGCACGCGCGCGUACCCGCACGCGUUCGCCGUUCCCGAACACAAGAUCGGAGGGGCGUACAACUACUACUCGUACGUCAUGUUCGACAAUGUCUUCUGGAAGGCCAUUGCGGGGCAAGUCAAUCGGUGGCGCAAGAAGGAAUUGGGCUUGAGGAGCACCAAUCUGGACAAGAUGCAACCCAACAAGGUGCCCUUCUUGUACAACUUCAGCCCGCAUGUGGUGGCUCCGCCGCUGGAUUACAGCGACUGGGUCAGAGUGACGGGGUAUUGGUUCCUUGACGAAGCCUCUGACUGGACCCCGCCUACCGAACUGACGGAUUUCAUCAAGAAGGCUCGUGACGACAAAAAGAAGCUCGUGUACAUUGGGUUUGGAAGCAUCGUCGUCUCGGACCCCGCAGCACUCACCAAGACGGUCGUGGAUUCGGUGCUUAAAGCCGACGUGCGCUGUAUCCUUUCCAAGGGCUGGUCCGACCGCCUCGGCGAUCCGCAAGCUGUCAAGGCAGAGGUUCCCCUGCCCCCGGACAUCUUCCAGAUAAAGUCCGCGCCGCACGACUGGCUGUUCCGCCAGAUUGACGCGGCGUGCCACCACGGCGGUGCGGGGACCACGGGCGCAAGUCUUCGAGCGGGGCUGCCCACAGUGGUCAAGCCGUUCUUCGGGGAUCAGUUCUUUUUCGGAUCGAGGGUGGAGGAUCUCGGUGUGGGUAUUUGCUUGAAGAAGGUCAACGUCAGUUUGUUCUCGAGGGCGCUUUGGGAGGCGGCGCACAGCGAGCGGAUGAUUGUAAAGGCGAGGUUGUUGGGGGAGCAGAUUCGCCAGGAGAACGGCGUGCAAACUGCCAUUCACGCAAUCUACCGUGACCUUGAAUACGCGAGAUCAUUAGUCAAAGCCCGCGCCGCGAUCCAACAACAAGGCGCCGCCGCAGCGGCCGGAGGAGCAACUGGCCUCACGGCGAUUGAUCUCCUCGACGAAGGCGGCGACAUUGAAGAGUCCUGGACAUUUAUCGGAGAUGAGAGCGAUCCCAAUAUCCAGCGCCGGCUCCAGGAGUGGGAUACAACGGCGGCGGGGACGGGUGGUCACAGUCCUAUGCGCGGGAGGGCACCUCGGGUUAGUCUGGAUCGAGCAAAGCUGGGUGCUAUGCAGGGCGUCGAACCGGUCAGAAAGGCGAGUGUCAAGAGAUGA